AAUAGCCUGAAAUUGGACGAGAGUUUGCUCGAACCCUCCCAUUUUUCGGAUUCUUAUAUACCUACCGAGGUACACCUGGCGGGGACACCCAGCUUAAGAGUUUCUAUACGGGUUGAACCACUCCACCCUCCAUCUCGAUUGUCUAGGAACACAGCACACAGGAAAGUAAAGGCGGGCCCGAAAACGAUGCAUCUCGGACUCUCUGUCACGUACGCUUUGGCGUUGGUGACGGGUGCUUUGGCCGUCCCAGCGGAGAAGCUGGAGACUCGCCAACAGCCGUUCACGUCGACACCCAUCACCGACCAUACCGAGCCAUGGGCGUUUGCCUUCCUCCCCGACAACCGCAUCCUCGUCAACGAGAGACGGGGUAACAUGCGGCUCGUGGACCCGACCACCAAGGCCAAGGGUACCAUUACCGGCGUGCCUUCCGUUGCCUACGGUGGUCAGGGCGGUCUCCACGACGUCGCUUUGCACCCCGACUACGCCGAGAACAGCAUGGUCUACAUCAGCUACGCCGAGACCGGCUCAGGCGGCGCAGGCGGAGCCGUCGCGCGGGCCAAGCUGACGCUGGACACCAACGGCGGCGGUGCGCUCUCCGAGCUCGAGGUGAUCUGGCGGCACUCGCAGCGGGCGCAGGGCGGGCUCCAGUUCGCGUGCCGGCUGCUCUUCGGCCCCGAUGGCGCGCUCUGGAUCUCGUCGGGCGAGAUCAACCAGAUGACCCCCGCGCAGUCCAUGACGGGCAACCUCGGCAAGAUGAUCAAGCUGUACGACAACGGCACGGCCUUCGCGGGCAACCCCUUCGCCAGCGAGGGCGAGGUGCAGGCGCAGAUCUGGUCGCUGGGCCACCGCAACCCGCUGGGCAUCGACUGGGACGCCGACGGCCGGCUCUGGGAGGUCGAGAUGGGCCCGAUGGGCGGCGACGAGCUCAACCUGAUCGAGCGGGGCGCCAACUACGGCUGGCCGCUCGUGUCGCAGGGCCGCCACUACGACGGCCGCACCAUCCCGGCCCACAGCACCCGCCCGGAGUUCAACCCGCCCAAGGCCUUCUGGGUCCCCGUCAUCUCGCCCGCCGGCCUGAUCAUCUACAAGGGCAGCCUGUUCUCCGACUGGACGGGCAACGCCAUCAUCACCGGCCUCAGCUCCCAGUCCAUCGUGCGCGCCACCAUUACCGGCGACACCGCCAGGGAGGCCCAGCGUUUCUCGAUGGGCAAGCGCAUGCGCGGUAUUCGGGAGGACAGCGAGGGCGCCAUCUGGGUCAUCGAGGACGGUCCUAGCGGCCGCCUCUUGAAGCUUACCCCGAACUAGAGAGCUACCGUGGGCUAGCGAGAGACUUGGGAGCUUAGGCGCCGUAUGUACACAGGGUGGAGUUGGCCUGUUAGGAUAGCAGAACACCUCUGGACUUUGACGGAAAGCUGGUAUCUGUAGUGAAUAGAGUUGAGCGUUUCGAAA